UCUACGGAGUCCCCCCCCCCCUCUUCUCCUCACCGUCGCGCCGUGAAGUGGAUGUUUUGGUGAGAAAAUACAGUGUCAAAAAAGGGACGUAAAUACCUUCAAAACAUGACAUUUCGACCGAGAGGGAAUUAGAGCUGCGUAGGAAAGUAGGGCGUCUCCGGCGGAGGUUUUUCUGGUCAUCUGUGCACCGUAUUCCUCCGCAUGUCCGCUUUCUUCGUAGAUGGUCUCCGGCGAGCGUUGUCUGGCGGCGGACGACGAGUGGUCGACGAAUAAUAUGAAGGAGAUGAUCGGCGGCUGCUGUGUUUGCUCUGACGAGAGAGGCUGGGCGGAAAACCCUCUGGUGUACUGCGACGGACACGGCUGCAACGUGGCUGUGCAUCAAGCCUGCUAUGGCAUUGUGCAGGUACCCACAGGUCCUUGGUUCUGCAGAAAGUGUGAAUCCCAGGAGAGAGCGGCCCGAGUGUCCCCAAAGAGAUGUGAGCUGUGUCCCCAUAAAGACGGAGCCCUCAAGAGGACAGACAACGGAGGCUGGGCCCAUGUAGUUUGUGCGCUUUACAUACCGGAAGUAGAAUUUGCGAAUGUUUCGACGAUGGAGCCGAUAGUACUCCAGUCUGUGCCGCAUGAUCGCUAUAACAAGACAUGUUAUAUUUGUGAGGACCAGGGCAGAGAGAGUAAAGCAGCCACUGGAGCCUGCAUGACCUGCAACAAACAUGGCUGCAGGCAAGCCUUCCACGUCACAUGCGCCCAGUUUGCGGGGUUGUUGUGUGAGGAGCAAGGAUCGGACGCAGACAACGUGAAAUACUGUGGAUACUGCAAAUACCACCACAGCAAAUUGAAACACAAGGAGCGGGACAGGCACAAACCUAAACACAAGAAGAUCUCCAUGGACAUGUCCCCCUCCCUGGUCCUUCCUAAUAUCAUGGUCCCAGAAAAGACCUUUAACAGUGGCAGCUCAGCGGGGGGCGUCCCCUCUCUCCCGGCGUCCUCUCAGAAGCGCCUGGACGACGGCAGCGCCCGCUUCACCACCGCCAACUUUCAGGAAGUGUCGUCGGCGCUUUCAGGCGGCGGCGUCGGCUCCAAAGACGGCCAGGCUGCAGACGCUGGGAAGGCGGCGUCCGAGGCGAAGACCAAGAAGAACAGCAUCCCGGGUCACACCGCGGGACAGCGGGGGGGCCGCAAGUCUCUCUCCUCCUCAGGGAAACCCCUCCCCUCCGCCGUGGUCACCAUGGCAACCUCCUCCACAUCUGCCUCUGCUUCCACGGGGCCUUUCCACCAAGGUCUCCUGUUGACCAGUGCCAGCAAGAACCCCUCUGCCCCUUCCUCCUCAGACUUCUUGAGUUUCUCAGACCCAUCGCUGCGUCCGGGGGCCGGGACCACCUUCUCCUCCCCGCCGUCCUUCAGCAGCUGCCUUGUGAAGCCCAGCUCGGAGGGCGGAGCUUCUGAGGGAACGGCGACUCUCUUCGGCUCUCUGGUGUCCGCCACCACAGCCUCUGCAGUGGGCGGGAAGCUGUAUGAGAAUUCCCACAGUCACACAUCCAGCGAGACGCCAAGCCUCGGUGGCUCCACUGCCUACAAGAGGCCCCCGCCCUCCAGCUCAGGGCCCGGCAUCGGAGGAGGAGCGGCUGGAGGCGGGGACGACGGGGUGAAGAAGAAAAAGAAGGGCAACUGGCGAAACAGAUUUGGACCGUGCUUCACCACGGAUGUGAAGGCUUCAGAGGCAGCUCCCUCCCUCACCCUCCCCACAUCCUCCACGGCCUCUUCCUCCGCCUCCCCAUCCUCCUCGUCCUCCACGCUCUCAGGCCGGCCGGGCUUAGUCUCCAGCAGUGGAUUAGGAGUGGGGGUGGGAGGAGGAGGAGAGAGGGGGCUCGGGGUCAUGGGGGUCAGUGGUGGGAUUCAGAAGUCCCCGUCACUCCUCAGGAACGGAGGUCUGCAGAGCAACAGCAGCUCCUCGAACAGCGGAGCAGGUGUUUUCUGCGGUGCUGACGGGUCAUCGGCGGGGUCGGGAGCUGCCUCCGUUGGCGGCUCGGAGUUGUCACAGCAACAACAGCCCACACCUUCGCUGUCCUCCCCGUCUCCGUUCACUGCCACCGCACCGCUCACCAGCACCGCCAACACACACGUGAGCGGUCUGCCAGGCUCCGUCUUUAAUCUCGCCCCCUCCCACAUGUUCGGUAACCGGCUGAAUCCAAACUCAGCCAUGGCAGCUCUCAUCGCUCAGUCCGAGGCCUCACCAGCAGAUCAGGAGGUGGGAGACGGCAGCAGUGGCGUCGGAGCUCAGGGCUUCUCCAUAAGAGCUUCUCCCAAGACCACCCCGCGCUCCCCCAUUGGUGGCCUGCAGAUCCGCUAUGACUCCUCGGGGUCGUUGCCGGGGCCGGCGCUGGGGUUGCUAGGGGCGGGGGGAGGUGGCGGAGGCGGCGGGGAUACGCUGCCCCCGGUGGCCACCAGCAUAGAGCAGCUCCUGGAGAGGCAGUGGAACGAGGGGCAGAGCUUCCUGCUGCAGCAGGGAGCGCAGGGGGACGUGCUGGGCAUGUUGAAGGCGCUUCACCAGCUGCAGGAGGAGAACCGGAAGCUGGAGGAGCAGAUCAAAAGUCUGACCAUGAAGAAGGAGAGACUGCAGCUCCUCAGCGCUCAGCUUUCAGUGCCUUUCACCCCCUCCUCUGAUUUGAAAGGAGGCCACCUGGGGGCCACUGACUCGUCAUUUCCUUCGGCCCCUCAGGACGGUGCGUCCUGUGGGGGCCACAGCAGCAGCGGCUCCACCUCGUCUCUCUCCACCCCCCCUUCCGUUUCACAGAGCCCCCCCCAGCUGAACGGGAUCGGGGCCCCCGGGAUGGGCCGGGUGGUGGGGCUGAUGGGACCUCUGGGUGCAGGUAGCGCUCUGGGCAUGGGGGGGAUCGUCGGGGCGCUGAACGGCGUGAUCCAGACACCUGCGGGCCCCGGAGGCCCCCACAACAAUGCAGCAGCUACCAUGCCCGUUCACAACAGCGCUGCGCGGCUCGGCCUGCUGUCGGAGCAGCACCGACUCCUCCUGCAGCACCAUCAGCUCCAGCAGCUGCUGUCCGCACAGCCUACAGCGGAGCAGCAGCAGGUGUUGCUCUACCAGCUGAUGCAGCAGCAGCAGGAGCUCCAGCAGCUUCAGUCGCUCUCCUCCUCCAACCAGAUCCCCUCCAUGUCCUCCGCUCAGCUGCCCAUCAACAACCUGCUGCCCGCCGCCCAGAGCCAGAGCGCAAUCACCGCCAACCCCUUCCUGGCGAUGCAGCACGCUCACGUUGACUCGCACGCCCCGGGGGCGCAGAAGCCGCGGCUCUCCGAGAAGGCAGUGGGCGUCGCGGGUCAGGAGAAGACAUGACGGCAGAUGCUCUUUAUUUUCGGGUUAUUGUUUUUUCUUUUUCUAUUAGAAUAAAUAUGCAGAGUCUUCGGGAGGCUGUGGGUCCACUUUGUGGUUCAGUGCAGCAGAGAAAUCUGCGUUCCUGCUGGAUUAUUAGCACACACUAUGGCGAGUUCACCUGCAGCUCCAGGUUUAUUUUGCAGCUUUUUCAGGAAACAGUCUUAAUAUUUUGUGCUAUUUAUGUCCAUCCAAUUUUAGUUAUUGUUAGCUUUAGGGCUGCUUCAGGUUUUUGUCACUGUUGAGGUAAUAUUUUUCUUUUGAUAUCACUGGUAGCAACUUCGAUCAGUAAUGAGCACAUGGUGUGUGUGAUCUCUCCUGCUUCUUCACAUCUCUCUCGUGUUCGUCACGUUCAUUUCUUCUUUGUCUCUUUUCUGCUUCUCCAUCCUCCACACUAAGAUCCCUCUCUGCUGUCUCACUCUCUCAGGGGCCUCCGCUAACUCAGCACACAAGCUAGCACACACAGAACUACAAACAUUAAAAGAAAUAUAGCAGAAAUACAUAAAAUAUAUAUAAAAAAAGAAUUCCCCACUACAGGACUUUACAGUAGCAGAUGUGUGUUUGACAUCUGUCUCGCAGCGAUCCCAAGGGGACUACUGAGUGAGAGGCUUGUGAAAAUAUCCCACAUGUUCUCACUGUCUCUUUGUGUAGAUGCGUUUAUGUCACUGAGCCAAGCCUCAUACAGUCACCGCAGAAGCCUUGCUUUUGACUGUCUCUUCUCUGGGCCAGAAACAGGGGGCUCACUCAGGGAAUGUAAAAAAAAAAGGAAUAAGCGGCACGUUGAAUGUUCAGAGGGAUGCGAUAAUCCACACAGACUCACACAGAGAGAGAUUAUGCAGUUGGUUGUCAGCCUUGCAUUUGAUCUUCCUGAUUGAGCCCCCUGCUGCACCUACCUCUUGAGCAGGACCAGCUACCAGGACCUAAAGCAAACCCACCACAGUGAGGACCGGCCAGUCAGGGUCUACACCAAAGUGCCUGAGGCCAAAGGUGGAAGACUUGUGUCCCUUUUACCCGAGUCACUCAGCCCAGCUCUUCACAAUAGAGUGGUGCAGGAAUGAGUUCUCAAACCCAGAGAGUAGCAAUUUAGCAUUUCAAGCUCCCUCCUGUUUAUGGUUUUUGGUCAUUAGCCUGAAAUAAGGUCUGUGGUUAACACAAGCUGAGUUCUACAACGUAAAAUACGUCACUGGUGAGUUUAAACACGCCAGUUGCUAACAAGUGUGUAAAUGAAACGACUAAACGCCAUCACGCUAACAUUAGCCGCUUUUAGCUUAGCGGUACUCACCUGAAGUCAUGUGACCGUGCUGUAGUUCCUUUAAAGCCCAACAUUAGCCUUAUACUUCUGGCGUUGGCAUUUCAUUUUUCAGAAGUCAUCCUUUCCUGCUGAACAACACAUAUAUUAAGUGAGUGUUUUCCACAGAUCUUAUUUUCUGCAAUAAUCCCAAAUCCAAUGGAGAAAUCCCAUUGGCUAUUUGACGAGGGAGCCCUUGCGAUGCUAACUUCCGGGUCGGCCUUCACUAAUACAUCACCCAGGCACCAGUUCAUGCUACUGGUAAUUAAGCUGCGCUGCAAAGGCAACACUGGAAGUGCGGCCUCUUUAAUAAAACCAGGAAAUGUUAUUCUGCUGCAUUCUCUGAUAUCAAAGCCAACUUUGUAUUGUGCUUUUUAUUUAUUGGGGGUUUGUUUGUGCAAAGGGCGUAAGGAGAUAUAUUUUAAAUAGCCCGCUGGUGUUGCCGCCUAACAUCGUUUUUAUACUACUGUGCAAAGUUCUCUUUGUUUUGUUUCUUUCCCUCAUCUUGCUGUAAAAUCGUUUAAUGACUUCUAUCUGUGUUGUGUUUGAAAGCUAGAAGCUAUUGAUAGUUGGCUGAUUGUGGCGGGGGGUGUGGCUGUACAUAGCUGUUUGUAGGGGGGGACGUGUCUUCAGAGGCACCGUUUUUACCUCGUCAAGUGUACAUAAACCUUUCCCAUUGGCCGUUGGUGUACAUAAGUGAUUGUGAUUGGCCGUGCUGGUGUGAAGGAAAGCCAAUGAAGCCUCAGCUUGUGUGUGAAUCUUUAGGACCAGUGACUGGACACACAAAGUAUUAAUUUAUUUUUAUAUGUGCAGGGACAUUGUGUUUCUUUUUUUAAGUUUUGCACCGUUUUCAUGAGAAGUCAUUUUAUACUCGGCACCGUGUUUUCAUCUGUGCACACAUUUGUUUGGAUCGAUUUUAUACAGUUGGAAAAUAAUGGGAGGGGGGGGAAAUCUGACGUUGUAUUUCAAAACACCAAAAAUAAAGAAACACUCUGGAUAAAAAUAACAA